AUGCAAAGCCACACUACCCGGCGCACCCUCUCGGCCGGCCUCCUUCUCCUGGUCUUGCUCCUUGCGGGCAAUGCCAAGCCCUCAUCCGCCACCCCCAAGCUCGUCUUCGCCCACUACAUGUUGUGGGUGCCCUCGACCAGCGAUGACGUCAGCGGCUUUAUCACGGACAUCAAGAUGGCGCAGGCGGCCGGCAUCGACGGCUUCGCCAUCAACACCGCCGACUGGUCGGCCGUGAACUGGGCCAUCCCCCGGUGCGACAAGAUCUGGGAGGCGGCCGAGACACUGAACUCGGGCUUCCAGCUCUUCUUCUCGGUCGAUCUCACCGGCUCGCUGGGCAACAUGGCCGGCGACAUCGUGGCCAUGGCCGCCCGCUACGCCAACCGGCCCAACACGCUCAAGGUCGACGGCAAGGUGUUUUUGUCGACUUUCGUAGGGCAGGACAAGACCUUUGGCUACCCGACGCCCCAGCAGGGCUGGGACCAGGCCGUGCUCACGCCUCUGCGCAACCAGGGCGUGCCGGUAUCAGACGUGUUCGCGGAGUUCCCGUUCCUGGAUGGAAUCUACCAGUGGAGCGCGUGGCCCUUCUUCUACGGCAACCUCCAGACCGUGAGCAACCAGGCCGACGUCAACUACCUGUACUCCCGCCGGGACUUUCACUUCGCUGCUGUCCGGGCGCACGGUAAAUCGUACAUGGCGCCCAUCAGCCCGUGGUUCUCCAAGCACAUGGCCGGCGCGCCUGUCACCCUCCCCAACUGGGUAUUCGGCAACUACAAGGGGCCGGGCAUGUGGAUCGACCACUGGAACUCUCUCAUCGCGCUUCAGCCCGACUUUGUCGAGAUCGUCACCUGGAACGACUACCCGGAGCGGACGUAUAUAGGACCCACCACGGCGCCGUGGGGCGACGAUGAUGAUGUGACCUUCCCGCACCUGGGCUUCCUCGACCUCACCAAGUACUUCGUCCACGCCUACAAGAGCGGCCAGUAUCCCAAUAUCGAUCAGGAGAAGGUCUACGUGUUCUAUCGCUCGUCUUCCAAGUAUGCGGUGGCGUCGAAUGACCCUCUCGGCCCGAUCCAAAACAGUCAGUCCAUGGACGACAACAUCUACGUGGUGACGCUGCUCAACUCGCCGGCCGACGUCAUCGUCACCUCGGGGUCCUCGUCGGGUCGGUUCUCCGUCAACGGCGGUCUGAAGAACGUCACCAUGGCCUUCCAACAAGGCGCGCAGGUGCUGGGCCAGAAGACGUUCGCCAAGCAGAUCUCCAACAACAUCGCAGUCUACGACUUCAACGUCUUCUCCGACGUUCUGGUGCUCUGA